AUGUCGAUCAAAAUUCUCGUUCUUGUUUUCUCUGCUCUGAUAAUCUCCGCGAGACCCGAAUUGAUCGCCGAUCAUCACUUAUCUACAAGGAUCUCUCCGUUUCCUUCUGAAUCUUCCUCGAAUUCGCCGUUUAUUCCUCCAUUGCCGCCGUUCACAGCCCAAUCUCCGGCGAUUGCGUCGACGUCUUUUACUCGUGUCCCUGCUUUGUUCGUGUUCGGAGAUUCUUCUGUAGAUUGUGGAACCAACAACUUUCUCGGGACCUUGGCGAGAGCAGAUCGGCUUCCGUACGGUAGAGAUUUCGACACGCAUCAGCCGACGGGGAGAUUUUGCAAUGGGAGGAUCCCCGUUGAUUUUCUAGAUAAAGAUCCGGCGAAGAUGUCAGGUGGCUUGGAUAUGUCACUUGAUGAUAUCAUCAAAUCUAAUCGAAAACCUACGGGAUCUCGUGGCCGAGGCAACGGUGGGAGUAGUAGCGGUGGUCGCGUAUUCGGUGGUACCGGUUCCGGUCCGUCUCGCCGAUUUGCUAACCGCGUAGGAAACAGAGCGGCUCCGUACUCAAGGCCGGUACAACAACAAGCUCAUGACGCCAUGUGGCAGAACGACGUUUUCGCGACUGACGCGUCUGUGGCGGCGGCUUUUGGGCAUCAAUCGGCAGGCAUUGGCGGUUCCUCAAUCGAGACUGGAACUAAGCUCUACAUUUCCAACUUGGAUUACGGUGUCUCCAACGAGGAUAUCAAGGUUUUUCCUCAGUCUUUAUCUCAUUCUCUGCGGUGA